CCGGACAUAAAAGUAUCAACAAGAGCGCGAGCGGUCUGGCGGCCAAGCGGUGUUUUGUACUCACAGUCCUGUCUCACUUUCUGAUAGAAGCAGCAGCAGAAGCAGCUGCAACUGGCCCCUUCAACAGCUCUGUCCCUGUCUCCAGCUGUGCCCCAGUCAACUCCCCCGCCCGCCAGCCCGCCGCCAGCCCCAACCCAGCCAGGCCCGCCAGCCUCUAUCCAGCCAGUCCCCCCCCCCCCCCCCCCCCCCAAGCCGGCUCCCACUCGGCAGCGAGUGAGAGGCUCGGCCAUGGUGGACGUGAGCAAGUGGCCCCUCUUCACCCUGCUGGGGCCCCAGGACAUCGCCUCCAUCCGGCAGGCUUGCAUCUUCGGCACCUCCGCCAACGAGGCCAUCUACAUCACCCACGACGACGAGGUGUUUGUGUUUGGGCUGAACUGCAGUAACUGCCUGGGCACGGGAGACAAUCAGAGCACCAUCGCGCCCAAGAAGCUGGACGUCCUGAGUGGGAGGAAGGUCGUGAGUCUGAGCUACGGAAGUGGGCCCCACGUCCUGCUGGCCACUGAAGAGGGGGAGCUCUAUGCCUGGGGACACAACGGCUACAGUCAGCUGGGCAACGGGACCACCAAUCAGGGAGUGUCGCCUGUCGUGAUUUCUGCCAACCUGAUGAACAAGAAGGUGGUGGGCGUGGCCUGUGGAUCCCACCAUUCCAUGGCAAUGACGCACGAGGGAGAGGUGUUUGCCUGGGGCUAUAAUAACUGUGGCCAGGUGGGCUCGGGGUCCACAGCCAACCAGCCCGCCCCGCGCAAGGUCUCCAACUGCCUGCAGAACAAGGCGGUGGUCAGCAUCGCGUGCGGCCAGACCUCCUCCAUGGCGGUGGUGGACAAUGGGGAGGUCUAUGGGUGGGGCUAUAAUGGUAACGGACAGCUCGGACUGGGCAACAACGGGAACCAGCUGAUUCCAUGCCGCCUCACAGCUCUCCAGGGACUAUGCGUGCUGCAGAUUGCCUCGGGCUACGCUCACUCACUAGCACUAACAGACGAGGGCUUGCUGUACGCCUGGGGGGCUAACACCUACGGGCAGCUGGGCACGGGCAACAAGAGCAACCAGCUCAGCCCCAUUCAGAUCAUGGCGGAGAAGGAGAGCAGGAUUGUGGAGAUCGCUGCCUGCCACUCCACCCACACGUCCGCGGCCAGGACGCAGAGCGGGCAGGUGUACAUGUGGGGGCAGUGCCGGGGGCAGGCCAUCGUGCUGCCCCACCUCACGCACCUCACCUGCACCGACGACGUCUUCGCCUGCUUCGCCACCCCCUCCGUCAUGUGGCGGCUGCUGUCCAUGGAGCACGAUGACUUCCUGACCGUGGCUCAGUCGUUGAAGAAAGAGUUCGACAGCCCGGAGACGUCAGACCUCAAGUUCUGCGUGGACGGGAAGUACAUACACGUCCACAAGGCCAUCCUGAAGAUCAGGUGCGAACACUUUCGGUCCAUGUUCCAGUCCCACUGGAAUGAGGACAUGAAGGAGGUGAUCGAGAUCGACCAGUUCUCCUAUCCGGUCUACCGGUCCUUUCUGGAGUUCCUCUACACGGACAGCGUGGAUCUGCCCCCGGAGGACGCCAUAGGUCUGCUGGAUCUGGCCACCUCGUACUGCGAGAACCGCCUGAAACGCCUCUGCCAGCACAUCAUAAAGAGAGGCAUCACCGUGGAGAACGCGUUCGCCCUGCUGUCCGCGGCUGUGCGCUACGAUGCUGAGGACCUGGAGGAGUUCUGCUUCAAGUUCUGCGUGAACCACCUGACGGAGGUGACGCAGACGGCGGCGUUCUGGCAGAUCGACGGGAACAUGCUGAAAGAGUUCAUCUGCAGGGCCAGCCGCUGCGGCGCCUUCAAGAACUGAGCUCCCCAGAGAGAGACUUACUGAAGACCUCCACGCACACAGGGGGCGCUGUGGGCUGCGGUCGUAGUUCCCGGACACGACCUGCGAUGAGGCCAGAAGUGUGACUGCUGGGCAUCUGCGCCCGACCAACCCCCGCAUCUGGGAUCCGAAGGGAAGGCCAGGGGCUCCAUUUCCUGCCCUGAUUGCGUUGGAGAUGCUUUGUAAAAUGGGGUUUCCUUCAUGGAUCAGUCUUUCUAUGGUCCCAGCCUUCCCCUCCCAUCUAUCACAUGACAGUGUUGUUCCACCUUAAACCGCUGAAGUAUUAAGGAUUUGAGGACUGACCCUGCCCUCCACUAAUGUGCAGUGUCAUUGGCCAUGGCUGCAGGGGCUUCUGGGAAGCCCCAGUCUAGACUCCACCUGUAACUGAAGACGCACUACAACACACAGGUGGAAGGAUCAGUUUUGUUAUAGAAGCACUGAACGUGCUGUGGCUUAGUUUUGGGAAUUGUUCUGUAAAUGGGACUGUGUAGGACCAGGAACCACAUAUGGAAUGACUGGGGUCUUAGUGCUGAGAAUUUUUGGGGGGUAGUUUACUGGCAAGAUCUUGGCCUGCAUAUAUAUUUUUUUAAAUGAGCGACUACUUUUUAAAUAAAUAUACAUUUUUAAG